AUGAAGUUUGCGUUCGUCUCGACCAUCCUUUGCAUUUUCACAUCAGUGACGCUAGCCUCGCCGGCUGCAACUCCAGUCGGAGACGAGUUCAACUUAGCCUUCAUCGAAGACACCCUUGAAGAGAGAUUGGACUCGUAUGAUCUUGACGACUUGAACUUUUUCAUCGAGAAGAGAGACACAAAUGGCCUCGAGCGUACCAUUGAGUCACUCUUGAAUGUGGUCAAUGACUCGGGUGUGAUCUGGGCCAUUUUGGAUCAAGUUGCUUACUACCCUAAACGAAUUGAGUUUAUCGCCAAUGCAACAGCUAAGCUUGUUGGUGGUGUGGACCUUUCAAAAGUGGGAGACUUGGCCAGUGGCUUAAACUUGGAUUUGUCUGAUCUCAAUGUUUCUGCUAUUGUCAGUGCAGUUGCCGACUCUGGAGUUGUCCUGAGCUUGUUGGACGGCAUCUUGUUGGAUGAAGAUUACAGACCUGUUCUCGUUAGGCUCAUUUCGAGGGUUUUGAAGAGUCAGAAAAACACCUUUUUGUGGCUUGUUCAGGAUGUCUUCAAGAGCAACAAGAACCAGAAGAGGGCUGAAUCCAGCGGGUUGGAAACUUUCAUUGGUAACAUCAUCUCCACUGCCUUGUCUUCCACACUUGUAGCUGAUGUUGCUAAAGAUGUUCUUACUGCUUUGAAUGAGACUCAAUUCCUAACUUACACUGUUAAGCACUUCCUUGCCGAUGAGGGUUACCAGAACAUGACUGCUCAACUUGUGAUUGACGUGAUGAACACUGGUGCCCUUCGCCUCAAUGGUAGCGCUUUGAACGUUACCGCUAUUGCUCAGAAGGCUUUGAGUCAACCUCAAGUGAUCAGUGGUGCUGUCGGGUACUUACUUUCAGGUCAACUUCAGCUUGGUGGUUUGACCGAUGGUUUGGGCAAAUAUUUCGAUGCCGUCAAAGACAUCUUGAAAGACGUCGAAGAGUCUGGAACUUUUGCUGAAUUGAACGAAUACGUUUUCUCUGAGUCGCACACUGUGUCCACCCCCGUUCUCUUCACUGGUAACGUUGUUGUGCCCAAAACCGCAACUUUCAGUCUCGGUGGCCUUGGUGGUCUUGGCGGAUUCGUCAACGCUUCCAAAACUUCCUCGAAAUCUUCGAAGACAUCUAGCUCUUCUAAGGAAACUGAGUCGGCAUCCAUUACUUUAAGUUCAAACAACAGUGACUUUUCUUACGCUACCGAUGAUAACCUUAAUGAGCUGCAGUCUGCAGCUGAAGUGGCAUCCAUUCUUUCGGCAUUAUCUGCUUCUCCUGCAAGUGAAACCGGUGAACCUUCUUCUAAGGCUUCCUCUAAGGCUUCUUCAGUUACUUCUAAAGCUUCCUCUGCUAUCUCGAGCGUUUCAGAAGCAGCAAACUCAGGAGUUGACAGUUUGAGCUUGUUCUUGCAGACAUAUGGCUCAGAUAAUGACAAUGCCGAAACAACCACUAGUACGACUUCCAGGUCAAGCUCAAGCUCGAGAAGCUACAGAUCUAUGGUUACCGUCACUAUUGAUGAAAGCACCCAGACCACUACUGGGGGUAAUGGAGGAGGUCUUGGGGGCCUCUUGGGUCUCUUCGGUUCCUCUACUAGCGCUGCAAGCAACAAUCAGCGUAGGGAGGUGUCACAAGGCUCUGGUGCCUCUAUUAGAACUGUUCCAAUGUUCAUGGUUUACUUGCAGUUGGUCAUUUUUGGCGGUGUGCUUAUGCUUUAG